AUGAGCCCUCAAAAACGCGCGCGAUCUGACGAAAACUCGUCCCCCACGCCUGUUGCUACACCUCGGAGGUCACAGCGGAGAGAUACACCCACCCCCACGCCCAGGAACUCGCACGGCUUUCAGAUCAUUGAUGGUCUCACACCUGUCCCAAACCUGAAGCGGCGUCGCGUUUUUACUGCCGAGGAGCUUGUCAAUCGCGAAAAGAUCACAGCAAAAUUGCACAAGUCGGUUUCGGUCCACUUCUUCUGGUUUGUAUUUUCGAACUUUCGAAACGGGGGGCAUGUUAUCGAGAUGUAUCUAAGUUCGUUGCUACGUUAUGAUCCUCUCAUUGGGCAAGGUGUCCGCAGCAUGUCGGAAACUGAUCCCAAUAACGAGAAGAUUAUCAGCGGAAUGUCUGAUUUCAUCAUUCCUCCCGGCGCAGUGAAUGUUUCUUCUCCCACCUCCUUGAAAGGUUUGAGGGAAACUUUGGCAUCCCCUCCUGUUCCCGCCUGA